CAUCCGUCUGUUUCUGUCUCUUCCAAGUGUCACGAAAAAAAUUCUAAAAUGUUAAGAGAGCACUUAUGUCGUCUACACGCUUCUCCCGUGGAAAUUCUCAACAUAUUCAUAGAAACUGGAAUAUUCAUCGACAUCCGAAGAAAAUUCCACAAAUUUAUAAUGAUCAGCGACAGUCACCCGAAGACCUCAAUCUAUUACAAAUCCAUACACGAAAAACGCAACGAAAAAGUGAGACACUUGUCCAAUUACAUUCACAUCAUACAUCCCUUCAGCAUGUGCAGUCUCUACUGGGAAUUCCUCGUCUGUAUUCUGUACACCAUAUCGUUCUGGAUAUUGGCCAUGGGUGCUGCUUACGAAGCCACGAAUCUUGGAGACACAAUCGGUUUCCUCAAGAUUUCAACAGAUUUGCUGCUGACAGUCGACGUUAUGAUGAUAUUCUUUACCGGGUAUUAUAACCCCUCGCAGAGCAAGAGCGAACUCAAGCCAUCGUCAAUUGCGAAGAAAUACUUGAAGACUUACUUUUUACUGGACGUCUUAUCGGUGUCCAACUCCUACGCUGUCCUCGUACUCAGGAUAUUUCCAGAAAUUGGAGAUUUUGUGACGGCAAGAGUGAUACUGAGAAUAUUCUUCGCUUUGAGAAUCCUUCGGAUGGGCAGGUGGCGGGAUGCGGUGGAUUUAUUCAGUUUAUACGCCAACCUAUCAACUUUCCUCAGCAGAGUGUUGCGAACCUGGUUUAUGUUCACGAUGAUGGUGAUGUGGUUGUACGCUAUGAUGUUUCAAAUCGAUAUCGCCCUCGAUAAAGUGUUUUUGAAGAAUGCUGAGUGGUUGGAAGCACCCCAGUUUCAGUCUUUUUAUUCGGCUACAAUGAUUCUUCUACACGUUAGUCAUGGAGACCAUUCUAUCGAGUACAUUCACCGGAAAUUGGGAAUAGUGUUCUUCAUAGGCAUUGGUUACUGCGUCCAGCUAUGCCUCUUCAUUCAGAUUCUUCAGGUUUGGAUAAAAUUCUCCAAUGCCAGAAACAAAAACGAGAGCCUCUUCCAGCAGUUCACAGAAUACCUGAAGUACAAGGACCUGCCGGUGAGUUUGAGGAAGAAAUUCUUCUCGUUCUACCAAUUCAAGUUCCAAAAUCAGUUCUACAACGAGGCUCACAUCAACAGAAUGGUUUCCAAAAUUUUGAAGCAGGAGAUUCUGGUGUACGUCACGAAAAACCACGUGCAGAGAGUAGAGUUCUUCAAGGAUAUGCCGGACGCCGUUUUGGCAAAGCUGGUCUCGCGUCUGAAAUCGGAGAUAUACCUGGCCAAUGACGUCAUCCUGACUGCCGGAGUUGCCGGCAAUUGCAUGUAUUUUAUUUACUUUGGAACGGUUGCAAUCUAUUCUCCGGGCGGGAGAGAAAUCUGUCAUUUGGAGGACGGGGCCCACUUUGGUGAGAUCGCGCUCAUCUUCAACGAACCUAGAGUCGCUUCCGUCAAAGCCGUGACUCCUUGCGAACUGUUCAUAUUGAACAGAUCCGAUUUUUUGGAGGUGUUGGAGCCGCAUCCUGACAUCAAGGACAAAAUCACGCUAUUGGCGCAGGAGCGUUUGAGAACCACCGGAUUCCUCCAAGAGGAUAAUGGAUGAUGGGUUGCCGUCCUUUCAGAAUUUGAAUCUGGGUAAUUACUACCGAAAUGUUUGUUUGUUGAUAAUAUUGCGGUCGCAUACGUUCAGCAAAUCUUUGUAUCACGGAAAACAAUCUCUGAAAAAUUCGAGCAAAUUUGCUUGGAGUAUUUUUCAAAGAAGACCACCAAUGAUACUACCAUAAUUUUGUUCAAAAAUGUUUAUACACUUUUUUCGUUGAAUUAACCAUUUUUAAAUUACGAAUCUAUUUCAAUGAGCCAUUAUCUGCACAGCUAGUCUCUGAACAUAGCAUUUCUAGAUUUUCACAGAGGUCUAAGAUAUAUGGAACGAUAACACAUGGGCUGAGAAGUUCCGGGCCUGAGAAAUAAAACGCGUUUUUUUUUGUUAAAAUAUGGCUUUAUUCAUCAACUUUAUCCCCAUUAAGAGCCAAACAUUCAUUCCAACGUCGCUCUAACAUUUCAAUAUCACUUUCGUAAAACGACUAAUCUUUUGCCUCAUAAUAGGUCUCAGUUCCAGCAAUAAUCUCUUCGGUCGAGCGAAAUUUCUCACCGGUGACCUUUUUUUUGAGGUCUGCGAACAAAAAAAACUUGCUGGAGCUGGAGUCUAGACCUAGAGAAUACGGUGGAUGCGGAACCAAUUCAUGCAAUUUGGCCACUGUGUUGAUUGACUUGUGAUACGAUGUGUUGUCCUGAUGAAACAAAAAUUUUUUUCGCCAUAUGCGGUCGUUUGUUUGCAAUUUCAGCCUGCAAACACUCCAAUAACGCUAUAUAAUUCUCAUUGUUGAUGGUAUUUCCUUUUCAGCUAUCGCUUCGCUUGAACAGUAGGUAAGUUUUUCCAUCAAGAAGCAAUGUAAAAUUAAAACACAAAAUAUUUUUGAUCCAUUGUUUUGAAAACAACGAAAGUAGUGUCACUCUUAGCACAAUAACUCACAAACUUUUGAGUAGAAUUUCAUGAAAUUUCAACAGCUUUCUUUUAAAGUUUAGUACCUCAGAGUAAUAUAAUAAGAAUUUUGAGAAACAGGUAUCGGACUGUCCCCUUCUGUACAACUUAUGGGCAAAGGGUGGUGGCGGGUAAUGAGAGGUUAUGGAGGGUUUGUUUACAUUUGAAGUAAGUGGGACCAUAAAACAGUGGCGGUUGGUUUAGUUGAUAAUCGGAGGGAUAUUAU